AUGGAAGUUAAUCUUUUGAUUGGAGAUGAAUGGGAUUUUGUUUAUGUUCCAUCAUCUGGAUUAUCUGGCGGAAUGGUGAUUCUAUGGAGAAAUAAAAUUGCUGAAUACUCAGUUAUUGACUACUCUUCUCAAGUUGUCAUUGUUGAUUUGAAGGUGCCAAACAAAUUUCUGUGGAGGAUUGCUACAGUGUAUGGAAGCAUAUAUGUGCAGAAGAGAAAGGAAUUAUGGGAUAUGUUGAAUAAAUAUUCAGUUGAAGAUGUACCUAUGGUAAUAGGUGGUGAUUUCAAUUGCAUUUUGGCUAAGGAAGACAAAAUUGGUGGUAGGAGAUUUCUUUUCUCCCAAGGACCAAGGAAUAUGAAAAAUUGCUUGAUGGAAAAUGAUCUUCAUGAAGUGGGAUUUAUUGACCCUAAAUACACUUGGUGUAAUAACAAAAGUAGUGGAGCUAGAAUUCUUGAAAGAUUGGAUAGGUACUUCAUUAAUUUUAAAGCAAUGAGCUCCUCUCAAAGGUUGGUGGUAAGACAUUUAGCUAGAAUAGCCUCAGAUCAUUAUCAAAUUAUUCUAAACAUUCUUGACUCUUUCCCUCAAGUCAAAAGGAAUAUCAAGUUUGAAGAUUGUUGGGUUUCUUACAAAGCUUCUUUUGCGGCGGUGAAGAAAGAAUGGAGCAGAAAUUAUCAAGGUGAUAGUUCUCAAGUGCUUAAUAAGAAUUUUCAAAAAUCUUUGAAAUCUCUAUUCUAUUGGAGCAAGGCCAAACUCAAGGACCUUAACAAACUAAAAGAGGAUCUUAUGGUUGAAAUCUUGGAGCUACAAAACAAAGAACCUACUUAUGGAAUCCUCUCAGAAUUUGAUUGCUGGAAACAUAAAAAUAAGGUUAAUUAG